AUGGAUACUUCUUAUAUAGAUACUGUGAAGACACUCCUACAACGUCGAAGUGAGGUUUUUGCUGACGGCAUCAAAUCUGGGGAGUUCCAACCUUUGGUGUUCCCUCGGGACUUCGCCUCAUUUUUUAUCGUUGUCUUUGCUCUGCUUAUCAAGUGGCCUCGAAAUGGGCCUGUCAAAUAUAUAAAAUAUUUACUUUAUUUUUACUCUGUUUACUUGAACAUACGUGUCAUCGUACUCUGCAGGUCGCUUCUGGUUUUGGGUGGUUACGGUGUCGGGUUGAUCUUCUCAUGGCUUAGCAUAUGGGGUGCCUCGUUACUCUUAUUCAAUGACGUGCAAGGCACUUACAAGAGGAUCGAACGGUCCUUUGUGCCCUUUCAUACCCUGAAGCAGGAUUCGCUUCAAGCACAGAGCGUCAAACACGGUCGUAAUCGUGCCGGAUUGGAAGAUCCCCAAGCCCAAUACAACGUUUCCAAUGGGCGUGCGAAUGGGACAGCUGUUUGUACCGAUUUGAAGAUAGUUCCGCGGUUUAAAUGGCAGGGCUACCCAGAAGCUUUGGGCCAUAGAUUCACUUGGGUCUUUGAUAUUCUUUUCAGUCACAGGGGACCGCACUGGAACUGGAGACCAAGGGACUUCCCUCGCCUCCCUAAACAUGUCCAGCUCCAGCUGGCUCAUGGAGAAGAUGCUGAGCUCAACGGCGACUUACUCCGCGAGGGAGAAAAUACCAAGGGCAAGCUGGUGGUUAGCUUGUAUAUGUCGUUGGUCUAUUUCCUCUGCCUUGAUUUAUUGAAGGUCAUCUCAACCUGGGACCGUUACUUCCUGGGCCACCUCAACUAUCCACCUCCAUCUUUGCUUGCAUUUUGUGGACGACUUGCACCCAUAAUAGCGUAUUUAUCCCGUCUUGCUAUCAGCGGAGCGGCCAUUUAUUUUGCAGUUUUAUUUCCAACCACAAUAUGCGCUACUGUUUUUCUCGCCAUAUCUCAGACGUCGUUUCGAUUCAAGACUAGAAUCCCAUUUGAAGCCCCCUUUCUCUACCCACCAUACUUUGGAGAUAUGUGGGCCCCAAUUUUGGAUGGAGGCCUGGUAGGAUUUUGGGGAACGUUCUGGCAUAAGCACUUCAGAGCUGGAUUCCUGGCCCCCGGUAACUGGAUAAAGUCUAAGCUUAUGUCGAUGUACCCGGGAAGAGAGUGGCCACCGUUGAUGUUCUGGAGCCUUCAAGUCAUUAUCUCGUUCACUUUGAGCGGUAUCGUGCAUUGUUCGGGGAGCUAUACACAGAUGGCCUCUACAAAACCGUUCAAUCAAUUCCUAUUCUUCACUCUUCAGAUCGUUGGCGUAUUUAUCCAAGUGUCGAUAGAGAAACUUUCUAAACGGGUGAUGCCUUUCAAGGUUCCGUUGUGGCUAAAACGCCUAUCAAAGGGCACAUUCGUUCUAGUUUGGAUGGCUUGCGUUAGUCCUUUACUUUGUGACGAUUUUACAGCUGGAGGCGUUUGGAUAGAAGAGCCAAUACCAUAUAGUCCCAUUCGGGCAAUGGGGUUUGCGAAGGGAACGGGUGGCGCAGUACGCUGGCAAGCUGAACCAUUGCGAUGGUGGAAGGGGGAAAGGUGGUGGGAGCGUGGUAUAAUUUUGUAA